UUGGAUUGGCGGGGAAGGGUCAGGAGCUACGGGCCCUUGGGCUCAGGCCCAGGCCCAGGCCACCAGGGACAGUCGCAUUUAGUCCAGCUGGUGUAUCAGCGCCCGCCCGGCCCGCUCCGGCCAUGGAUGCCUCUGGCUCCUGGAUUCUGACCCGGGUCCCCGCGCUAGGACUGGCUGCGGUGGCGGCGCUGGGGAUCGUGGCCUGGUGUAUCACGCGUCCCCGGGCGCGCCAGCGGCUGCGGCAGGUGGGGACCGUGUCCCAGCUCUGGAUCUACCCGAUCAAGUCCUGCAAGGGGGUGUCGGUGUGCGAGGCCGAGUGCACGGCCAUGGGGCUGCGCUGUGGCCACCUGCGUGACAGGUUCUGGCUUGUGGUCAAUGAAGACGGGAACAUGGUCACUGCCCGGCAGGAACCUCGCUUGGUCCUGAUUUCCCUGACCUGCGACAAUGACACCCUGACUCUCAGUGCAGCCUACACAAAGGACCUGCUGCUGCCCAUCACACCCCCCACCACAAACCCACUACUCCAGUGCAGAGUACACGGUCUGGAGGUGCAGGGCAGGGAUUGUGGAGAGGCGGCUGCUCAGUGGAUCACCAGCUUCCUGAAGACACGGCCCGUGCGCCUGGUGCACUUCGAGCCCCACAUGAGCCCCAGAAGUUCUCACCAGAUAAGGGCUCAGUUCCGGCCCAAGGACCAGGUGGCCUACUCAGAUGCAAGCCCAUUCUUGGUCCUUUCUGAGGCAUCCUUGGAAGAUCUCAACUCCAGGAUGGAGAAGAUAGUGAAAGCGACUAACUUCAGGCCCAACAUUGUCAUUUCAGGAUGUGGCGUUUACGCAGAGGAUUCUUGGAAUGAGCUCCUCAUUGGGGAUGUGGAACUCAAACGGGUGAUGGCUUGCACCAGGUGCCUUUUGACAACGGUGGAUCCGGACACCGGAGUCAUGGACGGGAAGGAGCCUCUGGAAACGCUGAAGAGUUACCGCCUGUGUGACCCUUCAGAACAAUCGUUGUAUGGAAAGCUGCCCCUCUUUGGACAGUAUUUUGCUCUGGAAAAUCCAGGGACGAUCAGAGUGGGAGACCCUGUGUACCUUCUGAGCCAGUGAUGGGAACUCCAUGUUCUGGGACAGCAGAUGUCUCUCAGAAACAUCUUCGAAACUGACAUCACUUGAAAUGAUUCUUCAGCUUUUUCUUUGAGUCUGUGAUUUCCAAGUUUUCCUCUUUCAGAUCUUCUGUCUCAGUGUUUUCUGGGUCCAGCACACAAAGCAGAGAAAUCCAGUCUUGCAAAUUUAGAAGGACUUCAUCGAGUUUCUUGAAGAAUGAAGGGAUUAUCAAAAUGCUCUGUUUAUAAUUAUGGAGUAAUUUUUCUACUUCUCAUUCUCUCGCCAAGGCAGCAGAUGUCCAUCAUCUCCCUACCCUUCUUUGGGGAGAGGAAAGAAGACAGGAGGAAGGCUGUAUAAGCCAGAAGAAUGUCCCAGAAUGUUUUGCUACCCCUGGACAUCAUGCAUACAAUGGAAAUUAAAUACUUUCCCAAGUAAGGUUGGAAUGAUGACAUUUUACUUUUUUCCUCAAGCCCAGGGCUGGCUUUCGAAGAGGCUUAAUAAAGAGUAAGCACUGGAGAGAUUAAUUUUUCCAUAGAUCCUCCUGAAUCCGUAGAAAGUGUCUGUAAAGACUUGAUGGAUCCUUUAACUCAAUGAACGCCUCUAAAAUGUCAGGGUACAAAACCAGCUCUCUAGAGCAUUCAGGCUGGCCCCCAGCUUUGUGAAAAGCAAGGAGAUUUUCUAUCCUUGAAGCAAAGCGUUGCACAUCCUACUAAGGAGUCAAGAUCUUUCCUAGUGUGUGGGGGCAAACAGUGACAUCAGAGAGGAACUCCCUGGGUGUCUAAGAUGAGAUUUGAUCUUGCCCAGGGAAAUGAUGGCUCUCCAUAGGAACAGAAUGAAAUGGCCCCAAGAGGGAAUGGCACCGUCUAGCGGUGGUGAAUGAUAGCUCAGCCCACUUUGAGUA